CUGCAGCCAUGGAAGCUAAAACCGGGGAGGCGGCGGUGGUCCCGGAGGCGGGUGGUGGUGGUCCCCCGCCGCGCUCCAAGCCCCCCGACCUGAAGAAAAUCCAGCAGCUGUCUGAGGGCUCCAUGUUCGGCCACGGCUUGAAGCACCUCUUCCACAGCCGCCGGCGGUCAAGGGAACGCGAGCACCAGAACUCACAGGAUUCACUGCCACCUCAUUAUGGGCUGUCUGACCACGAAUCCCCCGACGAGAAGGAGCGCUCCCCGGAGAUGCACCGCGUCUCCUACGCCGUUUCCCUGCACGACCUCCCAGCGCGUCCCACCGCCUUCAACCGGGUGCUGCAGCAGAUCCGUUCCCGUCCCUCCAUCAAGCGUGGCACCAGCCUUCACAGUGGAAGCCGGAGGGCCAAGAGUGGCUCCUUGGACCCCCAGAAGGGCAGCCCACACCUCAUCCGAAAAGCUCCCCAGGACAGCAGCCUCACCGCCAUCCUGCAUCAGCAUCAGGGUCGGCCCAGGUCGUCCUCCACCACUGACACUGCCAUCCUGCUGGCUGAGAGCGGGGCCGUCUAUCUGCUCACUGAGGACAGUGAGAGCCUGGCUGAUAAGCUGGAUAAGGGGGACGUGGCCACGCUUGGGCUGCCCUCCACCACCGGCCACGGUGACACCGACGGCCCCAUCUGCCUGGACGUCCCCGAUGGCACUCCGGACCCCCACAGGACCAAGGCAGCCAUCGAGCACCUGCACCAAAAGAUCCUCAAGAUCACAGAGCAGAUCAAGAUCGAGCAGGAAGCUCGUGACGACAACGUGGCUGAGUACCUGAAGCUGGCCAACAACGCGGACAAGCAGCAGGCGUCGCGCAUCAAGCAGGUCUUUGAGAAGAAGAACCAGAAAUCGGCGCAGACCAUCGCGCAGCUGCACAAGAAGCUCGAGCACUACCACAAAAAGCUGAAAGAGAUCGAGCAAAACGGCCCGUCCCGACAGCCCAAAGAUGUCUUCCGGGACAUGCACCAAGGUCUCAAGGACGUCGGGGCAAACGUCCGUUCCAGCAUCAGUGGAUUUGGUGGUGGCGUGGUGGAGGGUGUCAAAGGAGGGCUCUCGGGGCUGUCUCAGGCCACCCACACCGCAGUGGUGUCCAAGCCUCGGGAAUUUGCCAGCUUAAUCCGCAAUAAAUUCGGCAGCGCAGACAACAUCGCCCACCUGAAGGACACGCUGGAUGAUGGACACCCCGAGGAGGCCUCGCGGGCGCUCAGCGGUAGUGCCACGUUGGUUUCCAGUCCCAAGUAUGGCAGUGAUGAUGAGUGCUCUAGUGCCACCUCGGGGUCAGCUGGUGGCAGCAAUUCUGGGGCCGGUCCCGGUGGGUUGGGAAGCCCCAAAUCCAACACGUUGGAAGGUCAUCACAGCAACUUUGAUACCAUCCUGGAGGAGCUGCGGGAGAUCAAGGACAGCCAGUCGCACCUGGAGGACUCCAUGGAGGACCUCAAGGCGCAGCUGCAGCGGGAUUACACCUACAUGACGCAGUGUUUGCAAGAGGAACGCUACAGGUAUGAGCGCCUGGAGGAGCAGCUGAACGACCUCACUGAGCUGCACCAGAAUGAAAUGACCAACCUGAAACAGGAGCUGGCGAGCAUGGAGGAAAAGGUGGCCUACCAGUCCUAUGAGAGGGCACGGGACAUCCAGGAAGCAGUGGAAUCCUGCCUGACGCGGGUGACCAAGCUGGAGCUUCAGCAGCAGCAACAGCAAGUGGUGCAGCUGGAAGGAGUGGAGAACGCCAACGCCCGGGCACUGCUGGGCAAAUUCAUCAAUGUCAUCCUGGCUCUGAUGGCUGUGCUGCUCGUCUUUGUCUCCACCAUCGCCAACUUCAUCACGCCGCUUAUGAAGACCCGCAUGCGCAUCCUCAGCACCGCCCUGCUCGUCCUCUUCCUUUUCUUCCUCUGGAAACACUGGGACUCCAUCACCUACUUUCUGGAGCACGUCCUGCUCCCCAGCUGAUCCACAGCACAGGGGUUUUUUCCAUUUCCCAAUGGAGGAGUGAGCAGGAAGCCUUUGGUCAUUUCUUUGUGCACUCUUUGGUUGCUUUCCUGACCCUCAGUCAGCUGCGGUCGCUCAGAGCGCGGUGAAGUCGGUCCUGUGGGAUGCUCAGGGUGGGGGAGUUUUGGAUGAAAUUGGUAAUGUAAGCGGUGUUGGGUUUUUCUAGGGGGUCAGUUUGGAUGGGUUUUUUUUUAUUUGUUUGUUUUUAAACGUUGCUCUGUUCUGAAAGUCA